AUGACUGAUUCUCCUAUCCCUUUUUCAGAGAAAUCUUCUCCACCCCCUGCAGAAGAGCGCACAUACUUGGGCAGUGGUACCGCAGAUGACCCGUAUGUCGUCGAGUGGGAUCUCAAUGAUCCAGAGGACCCGUACAAUUGGCCUAAAUUUAAAAAAUGGGUUAUCACUGCCCAGCUCGCUUUGUCCACGUUUACAGUGUCCUUUAGCAGCUCUUCGUACUCGGGAGGCCUGCAACACACGAUGCAAGAUCUGGGUAUCUCAUACAACGUCGCAAUACUCGGUAUAUCCCUCUACGUCUUGGGGUUUGCCCUGGGGCCUCUCAUUUUUGCUUCCAUGGGCGAGAUGUUCGGCAGGCGCAUCGUGUUUCUCGUGACACUGUCGUUGUAUACAGCCUUCCAGCUCGAAGGGGCUCUGGGGCGUAAUUUAGGCACCCUUCUUUCAUGCAGGUUGCUAACGGGAAUCUUUGGGUCAUCUCCUCUCACCAAUGCAGGAGGUGCCGUCAGCGAUGUCUGGAACUUUCGCGAGCGCGGUCUCGCAUCGGCCAUUUAUUCUGCCGUUCCCUUCCUCGGACCAGUCAUUGGUCCAAUUGUAGGGGGAUUCGUCGUCCAGAACCCCCACCUCGGCUGGCACUUCAAUUUUUGGCUCAUGUUCGCCUUCUCUGCCAUCACCCUCAUCGCAGGCUAUUUGUGGACACCAGAAACUUAUGCACCUGUGCUGUUGCGAUGGCGUGCCCAAAAGUUUUCCCGAGCUUCGAACGGAACAAUAUAUUAUGUCUCAACGUACGAUCUCAACCAAUCAACAUCUUUUGGACAAGUCAUGCGCACCAACCUUAGCAGACCCUUCGUAUUUUUAGUGACAGAGCCCAUCGUAUUUCUCCUGGCCAUCUACGCCUCCAUCGUUUAUGGCACCCUCUAUGCGCUCUUUUCUGGCUUCCCCAUUGUCUUUCAAGAGCACCGACACUUCAGUCCAGGUGAAAAUGGCCUUGCGUUUCUCGGAAUCGGAUUUGGCAUCACAAUGGGACUCGCAUCCCAGUCCAUCCAAAACCGCAUCUACUGGAGAAGCAUGGACAAGAGCGAGACCGGACGAGCACCACCAGAAGCUCGCUUGCACAUGGCUAUUUUAGGCGCCGUUCUAACUCCAAUUGGAUUGUGGAUGUUCGCAUGGACAUCGCAGCCUUCAAUCCCAUGGAUUGUCCCGAUCCUCGCAGGUAUUCCCUUCGGCACGGGGAUCUCGCAAAUCUUGCAAAGUCUCACGACAUACCUAAUGGACGCUUACGGCGUCUACUUUGCAAGUGCCAUCGCCGCCACCGUCGUGCUACGUUCGACAUGUGGUGCCGUGUUCCCUUUGUUCAGUCCGACAAUGUUCGAUGCGUUAGGCGACCAGUGGGCAAUGAGUGUCUUCGCGUGUCUAUCCACAGCGUGCAUGCCGAUCCCGCUGCUGUUUUGGAAAUAUGGCUGGUGGAUAAGAAAACGGUCUCGCUUCGCAUAUAAGGAAUCCGAGUCCGACGAGACGGGCGUUCAGGCGGAGUCGCGACGCGCGGGCAGCACGACGUUUUCGUCCGAAACCCAUAUCGAAGAAACUGUCUGCGACCGAGACCUGACAACGCCAACGACCAGCGGCGCGCAAAGUCCUACCUUGCAUAAAAAAACACUCACAGUCGAGACUGUAGUGAUCCCAAAAGUGAACGCGGAUGCGAAUGCUGUUACGAAAACGGAGACCAUUGGACCAUGA